CAAACUGUUGCAUUUGCUUUCCACCUCUCAGCGCCCCUUCGGAGAUCCCAGGGAGCCAGCCUGCUGGGAGAACCAGUGGGUCCGGAGCAAACCUGGAGGCUGAGAGGGCAUCAGAGGGGGAAAAAACUGAGCUAGCCACUCCAGUGCCAUACUGAAGCUGAAGGGACGCACAACGCCAGCCCCAGCCCAGCGACAGCCAAAGCCUGUUGCAGCGCGGCGGCUUCGAAGCCUCCGCCCCGGAGCUGCCCUUUCCUCUUCGGUGAAGUUUCUAAAAGCUGCGGGAGACUCAGAGGAAGCAAGGAAAGUGUCGGGUAGGACUACUGCUGCUUUUGUCCUCUUCCCCUCUACCCCCUACCCCCUCCCGGGUCCCCUCUCCAGAAGCUGACUAGGCAGGCUUCCUGGCCAACCCUCUCCCCUACACCCCCAGCUCUGCCAGCCAGUUUGCACAGAGGUAACUCCCUUUGGCUGAAAGCAGGCAAGCUUGUUGCACAUUGCAAGGAAGGCUUUUGGGAACCCACAAACUGAGAAGCGACAGCACGCCCGCCAGGAGAGUCCCUGAUUCCAGGUUCUACCCCCUGCACCUCCUCCUGCCAGCCCCUCACCCUGCGUGUGGAGCUAGAAAUCAAAAGAUGAAGAGGCAGCCAGGGCUUCAGUAGUCGAAAGCAAAACAAAAGCUAAAAGAAAAGAAAAAGGAAAUAGCCCAAUUCUUGUUUGCACCUGCUUCAGUGGACAUUGAAUGUGGAAGGCAGAGGAUUUUCCUUUCCCCCGUCAACCUUUGAGCAUCUUUUAAUCUGUUCUUCAAGUAUUUAGGGAGAAACUGUGAAACUAGCAGGGCAGAUCCUGUUUAGCGCGUACCUUCCUUUACAGGAGACUUUGAGGCUAUCUGGGCGCUCUUUUCCCCUCCUGCAAGUUUUCUUCUUUCCGGGAGCUUCCCGCAGGUGGGCAGCUAGCUGCAGCUACUACAUCAUCAGUCAGUAGAACUCUUCAGAGCCAGAGACGAGGAGGCAGGAUAAGGGAAUUCGGUGGAAGAUACAGACAAGCUCAAGGAUGGAGGUGCAGUUAGGGUUGGGAAGGGUCUACCCACGGCCCCCGUCCAAGACCUAUCGAGGAGCUUUCCAGAAUCUGUUCCAGAGCGUGCGCGAAGCUAUCCAGAACCCGGGCCCUAGGCACCCUGAGGCCGCUAGCAUAGCACCUCCCGGCGCCUGUUUACAGCAGCGGCAGGAGACUAGCCCCCGGAGGCGGCGGCGGCAGCAGCACUGUGAGGAUGGCUCUCCCCAAGCCCAUAUCAGAGGCCCCACAGGCUACCUGGCCCUGGAGGAGGAACCGCAGCCUUCACAGCAGCAGUCAGCCUCUGAGGGCCACCCUGAGAGCGGCUGCCUCCCAGAGCCUGGGGCUGCCACAGCUCCUGGCAAGGGGCUGCCGCAGCAGCCACCAGCUCCUCCAGAUGAGGAUGACUCAGCUGCCCCAUCCACGUUGUCCCUGCUGGGCCCCACUUUCCCAGGCUUAAGCAGCUGCUCCGCCGACAUUAAAGACAUCCUGAGUGAGGCUGGCACCAUGCAACUUCUUCAGCAGCAACAGCAGCAGCAGCAGCAGCAACAGCAGCAGCAACAGCAGCAGCAGGAGGUAAUAUCCGAAGGCAGCGGCAAUAGCGCCAGAGCAAGGGAGGCCACCGGGGCUCCCACUUCCUCCAAGGAGAGUUACCUAGGGGGCAAUUCAACCAUAUCUGACAGUGCCAAGGAGUUGUGUAAAGCAGUGUCUGUGUCCAUGGGAUUGGGUGUGGAAGCAUUGGAACAUCUGAGUCCAGGGGAACAGCUUCGGGGAGACUGCAUGUACGCGUCGCUUCUGGGAGGUCCACCCGCGGUGCGUCCCACUCCUUGUGCGCCACUGGCCGAAUGCAAAGGUCUUCCCCUGGACGAAGGCCCGGGCAAAGGCUCUGAAGAGACUGCUGAGUAUUCCUCUUUCAAGGGAGGUUACGCCAAAGGCUUGGAAGGUGAGAGCCUGGGCUGCUCUGGCAGCAGUGAAGCAGGUAGCUCUGGGACACUUGAGAUCCCGUCCACUCUAUCGCUCUAUAAGUCCGGAGCAGUGGAAGAGGCAGCAGCAUACCAGAAUCGCGACUACUACAACUUUCCGCUGGCUCUGUCCGGGCCGCCGCACCCCCCGCCCCCUACUCAUCCACACGCCCGCAUAAAGCUGGAGAACCCACUGGACUACAGCAGCGCCUGGGCUGCUGCGGCAGCAGCGCAAUGCCGCUAUGGGGACUUGGCUAACUUACAUGGAGGGAACGUAGCUGGACCCAGCACUGGAUCGCCCCCAGCCGCCGCCUCUUCUUCCUGGCACACUCUUUUCACUGCUGAAGAAGGCCAAUUAUAUGGGCAAGGAGGCGGGGGUGGCAGCAGCAGCCCAAACGAAGCCGGGCCUGUAGCCCCCUAUGGCUACUCUCGUCCCCCUCAGGGGCUGGCAAGCCAGGAGGGUGACUUCUCUGCCUCCGAAAUGUGGUACCCCGGUGGAGUUGUGAACAGAGUGCCCUAUCCUGGUCCCAGUUGUGUCAAAAGUGAGAUGGGACCUUGGAUGGAGAACUACUCCGGACCUUAUGGGGAUAUGCGUUUGGAUAAUACCAGGGACCACGUUUUACCCAUCGACUAUUACUUUCCACCCCAGAAGACCUGCUUGAUCUGUGGAGAUGAAGCUUCCGGCUGUCACUAUGGAGCACUCACUUGUGGCAGCUGCAAGGUUUUCUUCAAAAGAGCUGCUGAAGGGAAACAGAAGUAUCUAUGUGCCAGCAGAAAUGAUUGCACCAUUGAUAAAUUCCGGAGGAAAAAUUGUCCAUCUUGUCGUCUCCGGAAGUGUUAUGAAGCGGGGAUGACUCUGGGAGCCCGUAAGCUGAAAAAACUUGGAAAUCUGAAACUACAGGAGGAAGGAGAAAAUUCCAAUGCCAGCAGCCCUACUGAGGACCCAUCCCAAAAGAUGACAGUGUCACACGUUGAAGGCUAUGAAUGUCAGCCUAUCUUUCUUAAUGUCCUGGAGGCCAUUGAGCCAGGAGUGGUGUGUGCUGGACAUGACAACAACCAGCCUGAUUCUUUUGCUGCCUUGUUAUCUAGCCUCAACGAGCUUGGCGAGAGACAGCUUGUACAUGUGGUCAAGUGGGCUAAGGCCUUGCCUGGCUUCCGCAACUUGCAUGUGGAUGACCAAAUGGCAGUCAUUCAGUAUUCUUGGAUGGGACUCAUGGUAUUCGCUAUGGGUUGGCGAUCCUUCACUAACGUCAACUCCAGGAUGCUCUACUUUGCUCCUGACCUGGUUUUCAAUGAGUACCGCAUGCACAAGUCCCGGAUGUACAGCCAAUGUGUCCGCAUGAGGCAUCUGUCCCAAGAGUUUGGAUGGCUCCAGAUAACCCCCCAGGAAUUCCUGUGCAUGAAAGCACUGCUACUCUUCAGCAUUAUUCCAGUGGAUGGGCUGAAAAAUCAAAAAUUCUUUGAUGAACUUCGAAUGAACUACAUCAAGGAACUCGAUCGUAUCAUUGCAUGCAAAAGAAAAAAUCCCACAUCCUGCUCAAGGCGCUUCUACCAGCUCACCAAGCUCCUGGAUUCUGUGCAGCCUAUUGCAAGAGAGCUGCAUCAGUUCACUUUUGACCUGCUAAUCAAGUCUCAUAUGGUGAGCGUGGACUUUCCUGAAAUGAUGGCAGAGAUCAUCUCUGUGCAAGUGCCCAAGAUUCUUUCUGGGAAAGUCAAGCCCAUCUAUUUCCACACACAGUGAAGAUUUGGAAACCCUCAUACGCAAACCCACCUCGUUCCCUUUUUCAGAUGUCUUCUGCCUGUUAUAUAACUCUGCACUACUUCUCUGCAGUGCCUUGGGGGAAAUUCCUCUACUGAUGUACAGCAGUCAUGAACAUGUUCCUCGGUUCUAGUUCCUGGGCUUUUCCAUCUUUCUUUUUCUCCUUUUCCCCCUCUUUCACUCUCCCAUGGCACAUUUUGAAUCUGCUGCCUGUUGCGGCUCUUGCCUGUGUUUUGAGUUGUGUUGUAUCUCUUUGAAUCUGUGAUGAUCCUCAUGUGGCCCAGUGUCAGUUGUGCUUGUUUCCAGCACUGUGCUGUGUGCCAACCACGCAAAUGUUUACUCACCUUAUGCCAUGGCAAGUUUAGAGAGCUAUAAGUAUCUGGGGAAGAAACAAACAGAAAAUGAAAAGCCAAAAAAAAAAUACUAAGUUUGUUUCUUCACGGUAUAUAAAUAAAUACAUAGGAUUCCCAAAGAAGCCAACAGUGACUAGAAGAAAGUAAAGCUCACAGCUCCAUGAGGAGUCACUGUUUUUCUUCAUCCUGUCUCUCUGCGGGAAACUUCAGUUGUUGCUAAUGGCUAUUGCCAUUAAAGAGCAGGAUGACCCUGAAGCUUACUGAUAGGGUAGAGAGAAAAGAGGACAAGGAGGACAGAUGGAUAACCAUUACCUCCCCACAGCCUUUGUCCCUGAGUGCUAGAGUGCUCAGUUGCAGUGAAAUUCAUUGUUCUGAAAUGUGCUUCUUGUUUGAAAACUUGUCUGCAUGUGAAUGCCUCCUCCUUCAAAUCCUUUUCUCUCUCACCCUCUGCUUCCAUCCUCAAUUGACUUUCGACAGCUUUUCUCAGAGCUUUGAACUAAAUGUUCUCUUUAGCCAAAACUUGGCCACUUCCACUGAUGUUAGGUCAGUGAGAAGAAAGCAGAAAGAUCUGACUCUUUGGAAGGCUCCAUUCAGAUCUGUGUUCAUAUUUCCAUGCAUGAGCCAUAGAAGAGCUUUACGGCUGGAGUCAGAGGAAAAAGACGUGAUGGUUUAGCCGUUCUCCCUUCGGGGCAGUGAAUAGUUGAUCACUUAGUCCAAUCAUCUUUUCCUCUACUUUUAAAGGAUAUACAGACUCCAUGCAGUCACAUUCUUUCUCCAUAGUUCUUCUGUGUUCGGUGGGCCUGAACUUCACCACAAA